GUCUUUGGGAAAACCCACGAUAGUUCGCGAAUAUGGGAGAGGUUCGUAAAAUCAAUGUUGCGAAACCUCUUCUCCCGAAAGUACUAGAAUGGUGCUCAGAUUACUUUUAAAUACCCAACCUAUCCCACUUAAUUCCUUCAAAACAUUGAGAAACAACAGCGAUUCCAAGCAGCUCCCUCAUAAACUAGACAAUACGAUACCCAAUCACCUACGUAACAUCAAUACUCUCGAACGAGAAUGUCGAUCAUCCCAAGCUUUUUUGGUGGCCAACGAAGCAGUUUUCCAUUUGCUUCUUCACUUUCAGCUUCUUUCCCUGAAUUUUCUCGGGAAAAUUCUGCUAUUGUCAACACCAAAAUCGACUGGAAAGAGACCCCAGAAGCCCACGUUUUCAAGGCUGAUCUUCCGGGGCUUAAGAAGGAAGAAGUGAAGGUUGAGAUUGAAGAUGACAGAGUGCUACAGAUAAGCGGAGAGAGGAAUGUGGAGAAGGAAGAGAAGAACGACAAGUGGCAUAGAGUGGAGCGCAGUAGUGGCAAGUUCUUGAGGAAGUUCAGGCUGCCUGAGAAUGCUAAGAUGGAUCAGGUAAAGGCUUGUAUGGAGAAUGGUGUUCUCACUGUGACUGUUCCUAAGGUGGAGGUGAAGAAGCCUGAUGUCAAAACUAUUGAAAUUUCUGGCUAAAUUACUAAUCCGUGUGCAAGUAGAUCAGACAAGUAUGUACGUCCAUUUGUUUAAGGUCAAUUGUAAGAAGCUUCUCUGUUUGUAAUAAAUAAUAGAAAGAAUAGCAUUUUCUUUUUCUU